AUGUUCCAACGUGGUUAUCGUCUGCACAUACCUUCUGGCGGCAACCAACACUCAAGAUCACCUUCACGAGCAGAGCAAUUGCCGAGGCCACAGUCGAACCCAGGAACUUUGGGGGCAAGAUCCAUAGGAAAAAGUACUACGCCUGACCCUGGCAGCGGAAGCUCAUCCAACUAUCUGUCUGCUGGAGGGCAUGGAAAUACUUCCCGUUCCCUGAACCAUCGAUCUACAACUCCAAGCGGUGAUGGCCCAGCGGUACCUGGCCUUGAAGUUCAGCCUCCCUCUAGUCCAACAUCAUUGUUGGAUGAGCCAAUCAGCACCGCAGUUCAUCGAUGCAGGAAUAGUGGAACUUUCAACCAUGGGGAUCCUACAAAGCUUACACCCCAACGAACGAAACACUUGAAGAUGUAUGCCAAGAAGAUAUGCGAAGACAAUGAUGUCCCUACCGGAGACAUCAUGUGUUUCAUUGAUUCUGGCGACAUCUUCUUUAUGCUCAUAGACCUGAAAAUUACUCUUAUCAAACUUUGCGAGGUAAAUAGGGCGAAGAGAAUGCAGGAAUUGAAGGAUGCCUUAGAAUCGAAGGACUUCGAGAAUGGGCUAUAUAACCAUUUAUUUGCAUGUAUGCUGUCACCAAAUAUCACAGCAUAUGUUACUGAUACUCAGCAUCAUAUAAUGGACUUCAUUACCACUCAUUCCGAUGUCUUCAAAAUCCCUCCUGGAAUGCUUGAGGAUGUCGAACUCAGAGCUCAGUUGGGCAAAUCGGUCACAAAGCUACUUACAGGCAUUCGGAGUGUCAUCAAGAAUGCCCUCACCACGUCAGUUGUCAAGCGCACGAGCAUCGCUGAUGUGACGAGGGCACUUGCAUGCAGCGGGUCUGGUAUGGAAGUUGACUCUACACAUUGGAACAGGAUCGCGCUCCUUUGGCAUCUUCUGCAAAUUUUUCUCAUUGGAGUCAGCGACUACAAAAAUGCUUCCAUCGACGAUUUAUUUUCCCCUUACCUUAUUCCGUCGCUUAAGCAGGAUAUGUGGCGCAAAGUUGAACGUGAACUUGGUGUCAACAUUGCACAGCUUGAAGAUGACUUGUUUGGCACUAACGAUGCGCUUGAGUCUAAUGAUCAGGCCUCCCCAGACACUCCAACAGGUAAUGGUCAUGCACCCAGUGCUAGGAGAAUUGAGGAUGGUGCCAACAUGGACGAUGAAGAGCUCGAGGACCAAAGUGGAGUGCAGCUGGGUGGUGGGGAUGCUAAUGGAGAGGAAGAGGAAUUGAAUGGGCUCGGGAACAGUGUCAAAACUGCCGCAGUCUUACUAGAUGAUCCAAUGGACUCCGGAUUUGGACUGGUUGAAGGUACUCCAGCACAGUACACCAAUACCAUCAGAUUCUGGAACUUUGUCGACCACUCGCUCUUAGUCAUGCGCCAAAUAUCUAAGGAAGCCUCCUCGAUUCCCGCCGAGCAAGAGAAGGAGUUGCAGAAGUUGUUCAUUGAAAUAUUCCAAGCUGAUCUCGCCGAGUUUCCUGGUGGCAAGAAGGUCUCAAAGUUAAUUUCAAGGAUGAAUCCUCGUUGGCAGACUGCUAUUCAGACCAAGCUUAUUUGGACCACCUAA